AUGGCAAAGGAAUCUGAAAUCCUUGACUUUGCCCUGGGGGCAUCCCUCAAGGAUGAGGUUCUGAAGAUUAUGCGCGAGCAAAAGCAGACACGUGCAGGCCAGAGGACCUGGUUCAAGGCAUUUGUUGCCUCUGGGGACGACAAUGGACAUGCUAGUCUGAGUGUCAAGCGCUCAGAGGAAGUAGCCACUGCCGUCUGUGGGGCCUUCUUCCUGGCCAAGCUCUCCAUUGUCUCUGUGAGGCAAGGCUGCUGGGGGAACGAGAUCAGUAAGCCCCACACUGUCCCUUGUAAGGUGACCGCCCCCAGCCACCGUGGCUCUGUAUUGGUGCAGCUCACCUCCACCCUCAGGGGUACUGGCAUCAUCUUGGCUCCUGUGCCCAAGAGGCUGUUGCUGAUGGCUGGUAUCGACAACUGCUACACCUCGACCAGGGGCUACACUGCCACCCUGGGCAACUUCGCCAAGGCCACCUUCAAUGCCGUCUCUGAGAACUACAGCUCUCUCACCCCUGACCUCUGGCAAGAGGCUGUGUUCACCGAGUCUCCCUACAGGAAUUCACUGACCAUCUAGUCCAGACCCUCCCCAGAGUGUCUGUGCAGAGGACCCAGGGCACUGGGCAGGCUCCAGCCGUGGCCACCACAUAAUUUUA